GUACAUUGUCCCAGUCGUCUGCUGCCUAACUAGUGAUUAUGAUUUUCUACGGAUCUGCGAUUUAAUGACUUGUUUAAUUACGUAAAAAUUAGUGCUAUUGAAAUUUAAAAUUGUCCUUUAUUGGAUAGUUUUUUAUCAAUUUUUUGAAAAAGUUUUCUACAUGAUUGAUGAAACUUUUUAAAAAGUAAAAUUAAAAAGUUAUUUGGUAAAAAGAACUAAAUUAGAAAAAAGAAUAAAACAAAUAGUAGCAAAGAAAGAUGGGUAAUUUGUUGAAGAUUCUCUAUUGUAGAGAUUGUGAAGUGCCUACCAAAGUUGAUAUCUUUGUCGACUUUGAAAACGCAGUAGCUACGCAGUCAGAGCAGCCUGUCUGGUCCCAGGUUCAAAGCAUUUUACAAGACGCCAUGCUCAUACUGAAAGACCUGGCUGCAUACAAAGGGGCUGCCACUGAAAUAAGAGAGGCCAUAUCUAAUCCACAAUCAGAUAACUAUCAGCAGAGAGCAUGGUCAGCUGUGGUGCCAUUGGUUCUUCGAUUGAAAAGAUACUAUGAAUAUUCAACUAUUUUGGAGUCGACGAUCCCCAACCUACUUGGUGUCUUAUGCUCGAACGACAUGACAGCUCGGCAGCAUCUGGAGACCCAGCAAGCUUCUUUCAAACAAUUUGCCGAAUUUCUAGAUUUCACUCUGAAGUUUGACGACCUUAAGAUGACAAACCCAGCCAUACAGAAUGAUUUCAGCUACUACAGGCGAACACUAAGCAGGAUGAAAAUGUCCGGAAAUGAUGAUUUUGAGAACAGUUUGGACGUCAGCGAGUCGACGGCCAAUCGGAUGUCCCUAUUCUACGCCCACGCAACGCCCAUGCUCAAAGUUUUAAGUGAUACCACUUCUAAAUUCGUCUCCGAGAACAAAGACCUACCGAUAGAAAACACAACAGACUGUCUUUGCACUAUGGCUAGUAUAUGCAGGAUCAUGAUUGAAAAUCCGAAGUACCGGAGCAAGAUAACGAAUGAGGAGACAGUGAUGUUCUGUCUGAGGGUCAUGGUCGGAGUCAUCAUCCUGUACGACCACGUUCAUCCCAUUGGCGCCUUCGUCAAAUCCUCCAACAUUGAUAUAAAAAACUCGAUAAAAGUUCUUAAGGAUUAUGCACCGCAGAAAGUUGAAAGUCUUUUAAAUGCUCUUAGGUACACAACGAAACAUUUGAAUGAUGACUCAACUCCAAAAACUAUCAAAGCUCUCCUGGCAUGAAGAAUAAUUAUAAAUAUUUAUAAAUAAUAAUAUUAAUUGUGUUAAUAAUAAUAAUAGUUAUUAUUACUACUACUACUACUUCUACUAAAUUGCUAUUACUCCAUAUUAUUUUUUAUAAAAGUUACCCAAAAUAGUAUGCACACACACACGCACGCACACACACACAUAUAUAUAUAUAUAUAUAUUCAAUAAUUAUGUAUGUAUUAUAUAUGUAUAUAUAUAUACAUACACAUAAUAUUUCAUUAAUAUUAACAUAAUUAUCAAUAAUGACUAUUUUUAUAUUCUAGCAUAUAUACAAUAUAUACAAGAACUAUAUACAUGUAUGAACCAUAUAUAUCCAAUGACAAUAAC